GCCGUUUUUCACAUCGUGGGCGUGGCCAGUCGCACUCCUGCUGCCGAGACCGGGAGCUAGCGUGCAGCGGCGUCCAUUAGCAGUAACGACAGCACGAGCAGGACUGCAACAUCGUCAUCUGUUGCAGAGAAGCCCCCCCCCUUUUUUUAACACUGCCGUUCACUGGAUAUAAGAAGUCACCACGGCAUCAAGAAUAAUGCCUCCCCCCAUGCGGCACCGCUCCAUGCGUGUCUUCAUGAAUGAUGACCGCCAUGUCAUGGCCAAACACUCUGUCAUCUACCCGACGCAGGAGGAACUGGAAAGCGUACAGAACAUGGUAUCCCACACAGAGCGGGCCCUGAAGGCCGUCUCUGACUGGCUGGAUAAGCAGGAGAAGGGGACUUCGAAGUCAGACUCUGACAGCGCAGACACCGAUAAGGAAAGUGAGCACAAAGAUCAGGCCACUCGAUCCCUGCGUGGCGUAAUGAGGGUGGGCCUGGUUGCCAAGGGCCUGCUACUGAAGGGGGACCUGGACCUGGAGCUGGUGCUCCUCUGUAAGGACAAGCCAACCAUCAAUCUUUUGAAGAAAGUGUCUGAAAACCUUGUUACACAGCUAAAGGCAACAGAAGAAAAAUAUGUGGUGUCCCAGAACAUCCGCGAGGCCAGUAUUGUUAUCAAGAACACCAAGGAGCCCCCUCUCACCCUCACCAUACACCUGACCUCCCCUUUGGUUCGCGAGGAGAUUGAGAGGGCCGCUGCCGGAGAAUCGCUUUCAGUCAACGAUCCCCCGGAUGUUCUGGACAGGCAGAAAUGCCUAACUGCCUUGGCGUCUCUCCGCCACGCUAAGUGGUUCCAGGCGAGAGCCAACGGGCUGCGCUCCUGUGUUAUCGUCAUCCGGAUCCUAAGGGACCUGUGUGCCCGCGUCCCCACGUGGGCCCCGCUUCGUGGCUGGCCACUGGAGCUGAUCUGUGAGAAAGCCAUUGGCACAGGGAACCGGCCCAUGGGGGCAGGAGAAGCUCUGCGGAGAGUUUUAGAGUGUCUGGCUUCAGGAAUCCUCAUGGCAGAUGGUGCUGGUAUCUCUGAUCCAUGUGAAAAGGAGGCCACAGAUGCUAUUGGUCACUUGGACCACCAGCAGAGAGAAGAUAUCACAGCAAGUGCACAACAUGCCUUAAGGCUGUCAGCUUUCGGACAGCUUCACAAAGUGCUCGGAAUGGACCCCCUUCCCUCUAAAAUGCCCAAGAAACCUCGUAGUGAGACUCCCAUUGAUUACACAGUGCAAAUCCCACCUAGUACGGCGUACGCCCCACCAAUGAAAAGGCCCAUUGAAGAAGAGGAGGGAACAGAUGACAAGAGUCCAAAUAAGAAAAAGAAGAAGCUCCAGAAGAAAUCUCCAGAGGAGAAGGCUGAGCCUCCCCAGGCUAUGAACGCUCUGAUGAGGCUCAAUCAGCUGAAGCCAGGUCUCCAGUACAAACUGGUAUCUCAGACCGGCCCAGUUCAUGUUCCGGUCUUCACUAUGGCUGUAGAAGUGGAUGGCACAACGUUUGAGGCUUCUGGUCCAUCCAAGCGCACUGCCAAGCUGCAUGUAGCUGUAAAGGUCCUCCAGGACAUGGGCCUGCCCACAGGAGUGGAACUAAAGACUGCUGAACCGGUAAAAUCAGAGGAGGCGGUAGUAGCUGCCAGUGUGGAAGAAUUGAGGCCAGUAGUCACACCCAUUGAAUCUACCACUGCUGCCACAGGAGCAGCCAGCGCAGACACCGCUGAUGCUGUAGAGACUGCUCGCCAACAGGGACCAAUCCUGACUAAACACGGCAAGAACCCUGUGAUGGAGCUGAAUGAGAAGCGCCGUGGGCUGAAGUACGAGCUCAUCUCGGAGACCGGCGGCAGCCACGACAAACGCUUCGUCAUGGAGGUGGAGAUUGACGGCCAGAAGUUUCAGGGGACAGGAUCCAAUAAGAAGGUGGCCAAGGCUUACGCUGCCCUGGCUGCUUUGGAGCGGCUCUUCCCUGAAGGCUCUGUGGCUGAGGCUGCUAAAAAGAAAAAGGGACCACCCAUGCACACUCCAGGCUUUGGCAUGAUGGGAGCUUCUGGAGUGGGAGACGGGGCUACGCCCAGGGGCAGAGGACGGGGUGGACGGGGACGUGGAAGGGGCAGGGGCUUCAAUAACGGAGGAGGCUACGGCCAAGGAGGUGGAUUCGGAACAUAUGGUUACGGGAACAGUGCUAACUCCGGAUACAAUUACUACAACAAUGGUGGUACAAAUGGAGGAGCCGGGGCAUCAAGCAGCCCAUCAGGUGGCCCUCCAGCCAGCACAGCACCAGGAUCAGCACAGGGCUCCUAUGGUUCAUACUACCAGAGUGACGGAGCCUACACUGCCACUGCUGCAGCCAAAGCCCCCAAAAAGAAACCCCCCAUGCACAAGGGAGGGAAGCCACCUUUUCCAGGUCCCCCAGGGGCUAACACUGGAUCUGCAGGCGGGUACCAGUCCAACAGCCCCCCAGGGCAGGGCUCUUAUAACCAGUAUGGCCAGGGCUAUGGGCAGGGAAAGAAGAGUUUCAACCAGAACCAGGGGGGGACAGGUGGCUACUCCUACAGCACUGCCUACCCGAGCCAGGUGACGGGGGGUGCUGGAGGUAGCCAAGACUACAGUUAUGAAGGUGAGUUAAGGAAAUGUUAAUUCUGAAAGCACUUUGAUUCAGAAUUAGAUUUUACAUCACGCAUACCAAGUACGCCAGACUAUUGCUGCUACCAUGACAACAAAUGUUAUUCAGUUUCUGUCCUGAGAACAUUUUCCUUUUUCAAAUUACAAAAUGAUUUCGUCUCCACUUUGCUUUUUAUAAUGCGUCACUUUUGCUUGCUGUAUCACAAUUUAGUACACAAAAUGAACAUAUCUUGUUAAAACAAAUAUUAAUCAUAACAUACUGACUUGAAAUUAUACAUUUUUCCUCAUUUCUCCUUAGUGAGACAGAUUCAGUCAGUGCCUAAAGAAAAAAACAUUGUAGUGUGUCAUAAUAAAUCUUUGUAUUGAAUGACAGUGAAGUUUAGCCCUCUGGCCCAUAACGUUACUGUUUAAGUCCAUUGUAACUGCUCACAUAGUGGCAUUUUCAGCUGCAGUGGUUUAUAGUGAAAUGGCACUGUACACUACCUGCUCGGCAU